CCGACAUCCCACCAUCCCACCAUCACAUGAUCCCAUUGGUUGAUCUGACGAGACGGAGAACUUAACUGCUCUUGGCCACAGAAGAAGGAUUAUUCACCUUAAGGCCUUGAUUUGACGAAGAAUUACAUACAUUUGCUAACUGCUUAUUUUAAUGUCAGUAGUCACUAGCCCCCACUGAUUGCGGUAUCCCAUCACCCCCAUCCCAUUCCAUCUCAUACCACCGUUUCACUUCCAUGACGUGGUUUACAUUGCCCUGAUGGGGCCGGGCUAGCCACGGGAGGCAAUAAGCCCUAACUCUUCGGUCAUCCCAUCGGCAUCCCACCCGCUAUCCCAUCUGCGCCGAUCAUCAUGUCGUUCCCCACUCGUUCCCAACUUGACUGACAUCUUGCCGUUCACUGUCAACUCGUGGGAGACUAGAUUUUGGCGCUAUACAGCCUUUCCAUUUUCUCAAGCCAAAACUAAGAAAAUCAUAAGUUUAUUUUCCCGCCAUGAGUACCCGCGCGUCUUUUCAAUGUCACUUCCCGGGUUGUGGAUUAAGCUAUCGACGGAAGGAACAUGUCACCCGACAUGCGCGACGACAUUUUCAGUCGGACUCAUUUGAAUGUCCGUUUUGCGAUCGACAUUUUGCCCGGAAUGAUACGCUCCGUCAGCAUGUCCGCACCCAUCACGAGGAUAAAGAGCUUCAACCAGGUCGCACACUUCGAGCGUGCAAUCACUGCUACUCGCGAAAGUCCAAAUGUGACGGAAAGACUCCAUGCGGAGCGUGUGUGCGGCGAGGGAUUGAUUGCUCCUUUGGGUGCUCGAUUCGGGGCCGCCAAGUUCAACAACCCAGUCUCGCCGUGUUCUUCGAGAAGUUUCACUCCACAUGGCCAUUUCUGCACCGCGCAACCUUCGAUCCGGACCAUGAGCCCGCUCUUCUCUGUCAAUCCGUCAUGAUGAUGGGGUUAUGGUUGACCGGUCAAGAGGAUGCCCGGAUUGCAGCGACGGAUCUGCACUCGAAACUCCUUGUGUCUAUCCAUCAACAGCGAGAUAAAUGGGAAGCACCAAGCCAGCACAACGCAGAACCCCCCUCCCCCUGGCCCAUGGCAACAUAUCAAGGAAUCCUGCUCCAAAUCAUUUUCGCCCUCCUUAAAGAUAAUCAAGGUCUAAACCUGCAGCUAACUCACGAACUCCCCACCCUCCCCUUGCAGCUCCUAAAAGCCCUCGUCCGCACCUGCCUCAAGCGUAAAAUGUUCUUCUACCCCUCGAUGGUCGCCCAGUUCGAAAACACCCUGCCCGACGUUUACAUUUGGGUGGGUGUUGAGGAAGUCAAGCGCUUCGCCCUUUCACUGUACAAAGUCUGUCGAUCCUGCCGGGUCCCUGACACCGGUGCAUCUUCGCAGGGCCGGAGUUUGCUCUCUCUAGCGAAUUUGCAAUUCGCGCUUCCCGAUAGCGAUGAACUCUGGCAUGCGAGCUCGGACUUGGCCUCGCGGCUGGCGGAGGAUCGGAGCGCGUAUUGCGAGAGAAAUUCAGGCGCGAGGUGGAUUAGCCAGACGGCGAGAGUGCUACAGCCUGAUGGGGGGUUUUGUUGGUUCUGAUUUCUUGGUUCCGUUCUUGUUAAGGGGAUAUAUAUGACUCAUUAGCAGCAGAUGAAGUUAGCGAGUUGUAUAUUGAAUCCUGUAGAAUAGGGAUUGGAUCCCGCCACGCCCACUCUGCGCAUGCCAUCCCCUAAAAGGUCC